CUUUACAGAAAAUGAACAUUGUAAAUGCGGCAAAAUAUUUGGCUGUGCUAGAGCAAUUAAAAUAUAAGCAUGUAGAGCCAAAAAGAGAGAGUAGUAACAAAUCAAAAGAGACGGCGGCUAUACUGCCUGACAAUUUACGCGUCUUGGAAAAAUACGUGAAAGCGGAUGUUGGGGUUCUAUUGCAGGAACUGGGCACGGCUUUUCAAUUAACGCCAGUUCAAGUAGAGACGAUAAAACUAAAAACGGAUGAUGCUAUGGCCAGUUAUGUGGUUCGCAUUCUACAUAUUCUACAUUUGAUCAUUGGAAAUAUUAACUUCGAUAGCGAUGCCAAGGAAGAUCUCAUAUCUGUGGCACACCUGAGAAUAAUCAUUCGAACAGUUCAAGAACUGGCCUAUUAUGCUUUAAGAUGCCAGUUGCAUGAGGAUUUUUACAAAUCGCCUGUAUUCAAAGAAGCGCAAGGUGUUGCAACAACAAACCUACCAUUGCUGUUCUUAAGUGUGCAAUUCUUUAGGAAGCUGUUGCCCAUUCGACAGCUAUACAUUGCCAAUGGCAUGGAGUUUGUGGUUCGGGACCUCAUAGCGGCCAUUAUUAGCCUCAAAGUUAGUGGUGAUGCGGAUUAUCGCCCUCAAUUGGAUUCCACUCUUGAAUAUACUGCUGAGCACGAGUCAAAAGUAGACUUCUUUCGAAAUGUAUUGCUCCUAAAAGGCACACCUCAGCUGUCGGAUACCAUUGCCAAAGAGCUGCACCACCAAUUGCUUGACAAAUUGGGUUCACCGCAGGGCUUUGCCAGUUUGGUGGCCACCCUUCAGGCAGCUCCUCAUGCGGAUGUGACUCGUUCCGCUGAAAUUAUUGCCAACAUAGUGGCACGUCGUGGCUACUCAACCCACAUGCAACGCCAAAUGAUUGAUCAGGCACUGGAGUUCUGUCGCUUCUGCCUGUUAAAUGGGAAUACGCCCAAUCCGAGUGCUGGCGUGCUUAGCCUGAGGCGCCUUUAUGAACUGAAUGAGAACAAUAAGCAGAUAAUCGAGCAGCUACUCGCUUCCAAUUGGCAGCACUUGACAGCACCCGAAGAUUUGUUAAGCGGCUUGAUUAUAAUGCAGAAUUCUGAGCUUUGUUCACAAAUUUCCCUCUGGGAGCAGUUGUUUUGCAGCUCCAGCGUUGCCUGUCUACCCAGUGCCCUGCUUGUUGACUAUUUACCUCUGCUUCUGCAACUCUACGAUAAUAUGCCCGACUCAGCUAUGCAGCAACAAUUGGCUGCACUUGUUAUACGCUGUUUGGAUAAUCGCGCGCCGUCUGAAGAGCUGCCCAGUCUAAUCGAGGAACUGCUCAGAGGACCUCCCACAACGACUUUGCGUAACUUUAAGUGGCUGCACAGUCGCUUGCGAAUUGUAGGCAAUUCCUUUAAGGAGUUCAGCGUCAAAGUGGCGCACGCUGAUUAUAAAUCAGAUUACAACAUGUAUAACAUAUUACCCGCAUUGCUUAUGUCGGGAAGCAAUCAUGCACUGACCUACAAAGUCUUCGUUGUCCUGUUGCGUUUGCUGGUGCAGCAAAUUUCGAAGCAGUCAUCGUCAGGUGUCGAACUGUUAUCUUCGGAAACGGAACUGGUGACUUUUUUGCAUUCCAAGUACCAACUGAAGUUGGAAGUGCUCAUCGCGCUCAAUACUCUAAUCUCAUUUCAACCUCUCAAAGCGCUGAUGGCCGCGAAUAGCAAGGAGUUUAUUCAGCUAAUAAAUGAGUUGCUCCUCCAAGCCAGCUGCCAAAUCGAUGAGCAAACGGAUGAUACUAUAAUGCUUAUGCUGUCGUUGCUGCAGGAGUUGGUAAAUCGUGGCACAGACUUGACAGAGUCAAUGCGUGAGCUGCGCAGAACCUUAAAACUUGUAAGCUCUCAAACAUCGAGUGGGCUGGUCAAGCAGCGGGUGCAGGCUUUGAUCGCUUUCGCUGAGGGGGAUGUCGGUGCCAAACAAAGUGCUUUGCCAUUCGAACAGGCACGGGCACUAAUCGAAUCGCAGGAAUCGCAUGUCCAGGUGUAUGGCAUUCAAAUGCUGUUGGAUCUGUUGCGCAGCAAGGAUGCGAAUACCUUGUCGCAGGGACAUUUGAUCAUUGCGCUGGCCCUGACAACGCUAAAAAACAAGGAGUCGUACACUUUUCUGAAUUGCGUGCGUCUUUUUGCCGCUUUGGUGCACGUGAUGGAGGCUGAGGUGCUUGACAAGCUUAGCGGGGAGUAUCUAUCGGAAGUUGAUGAGCUCGACUAUCGCUUGGUGGUGGGCGAGGCUAUUCUGAAGGUCGCCAAAGAGCUAGGUCCGCUUUGCUACAAAUACAAGGAUGUGCUGCUAAACUGUUUUAUGUUCGGCAUACGCUCACCCCUGGAUGAGUUUCGCAUGUCCGCUUACGCUAAUUUGGCCCAACUCUGUCGUCUGCUAGCCUAUCAGGUGCACAGCUUCUUUCAGGAGCUGGUGCAGCUCGUUAGCGAUGAACUAUCUACGGGAAAGUAUUUGCCGGCUAAACGUGCCGCUGUGCUCGUACUGGCUGAUCUGCUUGAGGGCAUGGACAACGUUAUAGACUUUGAAGAAAUGCUCUUGCCGGUCUACCGGCUGCUACGAGACAUCGAGGCGUCAGAGAAUUGUGAUGCCAAAAUGCGGGAGCAUGCCAGCCGGGGACUGAAAACGUUGGAGGACAAAUGCAAGCAACUCUUCAACCCGGAACAACAGCUGCAGAAAGAGAUCAAAAUACUGGGCAUCAAUGAGAAACCGCACAGCAAAAAGGGACAUAUUCUGCUCCUGAACUGAUAAGUGGAAUAAAAGACUUCAAAACAGUA